UUGCCAAAUGCAUUCAACAAAAAAUGGUCUGACAAAUGCUAUCCUUGUCUGAUUCAUAGGAAAUUCUUUGGCCACGUGACCCCAGUAGUACGUGAAGUCGCCAAAAAACUUCCUUAAUCAUGGACACAUGCCCUCGAUUGGGAUCAUUAUCUUCCAAUUCUAACCCUUGAAGUGCUCAACGACAGAAAUAUAAUAGUUAUCAAGAGCAAUUGAAUAUCUACUAUCAAAAUGUCGACUCGCUAUUUGCGAAAAGUCUACGGUGAGACUGUGAUUUCCAAGGAAAAUCACGAAGAUGCAAGUGACAAUGAACUUCCAAUCGUCAGCGAUAAACAACUGAAGCAGUUCAAUAUGUUCAAUUUGCUAAAUGGUGACUCUGAUAGUGACGCUAGAGAAGAAGAUGAUGAAAACCUGACCCGAGACCUCAGCCCAGAGUCCUCAACCUCUAGUUCAGUGAAACCAAAAAAAAAAAAGAAAAAGAAGAAGAAAGACAGAUCAAAAUCCGAAGAUCCUCCAAGAGAAGAUUCUCAGGAUAAGAUCGACGAAAUCGAUCGAAGUGUGCGUGAAGUUAACAAGCUCCUCGGAGAACCCGUCGCAUGUUUCAGCAAAUCUGAUCAUAAACCGGCAGAAAAGACAAAAGACAGUCUGAUGACCAUUGAACACAAGUAUUUGAAUCCUCACAACGAGUUAAAACGAAUUUGUGGCAGUAAAAUUCUGCCAGGUGACCAGAAUAAAUCUAGGGGACGAGGCAGAACGAGCCACCUUCGUAAAACUUGGCUGACAACUAUCCCAGACUGGUUCCCAGUGACCAAAGCAGGCCUCUCAAUGACUCUUGACCAAACAACGCAAAGAGACAAUGGUCUCCAAUACUUCGUUUUUGUUCACAGUCCAGCAUACAGGCAGGUCCAGGAGAAAUUUCUCUUAGCAGUGGAGAAUCCAAAUCCUGAAAUUAUCAUUAGCAUUAUUAAUGCAAAUCCCUGUCACGUAGACUCCCUCCUACAAUUCUCCGAUGUCUGCAAAUUCAAUGAGGAUCUGCAAAUGGCUGCCGAACUGGUGGAAAGAGCAGUGCACUGCUUGGAAUGUGCUUUUCACCCUCUUUUUAACCUGACAACUGGCAACUGUAGAUUGAACUAUAAAAUGCAGACGAAUCGAGCCCUCUUUCUCGCUUUGUUCAAGCAUCUUACGUUCAUUGGGGGUCGAGCUUGUUACAGAACUAGCCUAGAACUUGCUAAAGUACUCCUUUCAUUGGACCCCGUUGGAGAUCCAAUGGCAGUAGUUCUCUCCAUCGAUCUUUAUGCGUUGCGAGCAAGGGAGUAUGAAUGGUUCAUAGACUUCUGUAACCUUUGGAAUGUCGAGAGGAAUCUUACUCAACUGCCUAAUAUUGCCUAUAGCCUAGCCCUAGCUUAUUUUCGUGUUGGUGAUAAAGAAGCGGAUAAACUACUGCAGGAUGCUCUCUUCAUGUUCCCAGGGGUCCUUCUCGAGUUGCUGGAUAAAUGUGGAGUGUCUACUGAUACGAGAGUCUUGGGUCAUGAUUACUUUGGGAGUAGAGCGCAAAGUUCAACAAGUGCUGCUUUGGAAAAACUCCAGACUCUUUACGUCGUUCGUACUUUCCAUUUGUGGAAGGAGACGGACAUUCUACCUUGGUUAGAACGCAAUGUCACUGCUGUUAUGAAUCGAAUCGAUGCUGGGGAUGAUUAUGCCAAGUUCUGUGAGAGUAAAAGAAGCAUGAGGUAUCAGGGACAACCCCCAAGGAAUAUCUUGAGGCACAUUGCCCUAUCGGAUCUGAAGGAAGUGCCUAUUGUGCAGAAUCUUAAUCAGUCGCAGACUCAUGUCUUCUCGCACGAUCCUUAUCCACCUCAGGACUCCAUUGAUAUCUAUACCAGGCCUGAGACCAGGAGGCAGGCUGGCUCGGCUGGAAGGGACAGUGUAAAUACAAAUUUGUUUACUCUAUUUGUUUCUUCACUCUUCAGUGAUCUUGAAAGACACGUUCCUAACCCUGGAGCUCACAUAAAUCAGGAGGGUGAAAGGGAGCAUCCAGACGAGUUUGAUUGACUUUCUUUUACUAUUUAUAUUUAUUAAUUAGGAAAUUUUGCGAUGAAGGAGUAAAAGGCGAGAACUUUGGAAAUUUUACUUGUGGACUGAUGAAUAGAUUUUAUUAAGGGAAAACCGCGGAGAAAUUUAAGUCUUGGCUCGGCCUUAAGAGCCAUUGAACAACUUUUGAAAAAGAAAAAAAAAUUUCGCACCCGACCAGUUUUGCCCCGUACAUGCACAAAAAACGUCAUUUUUCACUUUUUUUAGCUUAAAAAUACUCCUUCCUUGCACCACAGUUUUCAUCCGAUUUUAACUUUUUUUAAACUGUUCGUCAUACUCCGACGAACAAACCCAAGUAUCUGUUUUACUUUGUAUGUAUUACAUCAUGAAAAAAUGUUUUUUUUAAUUUUUGAUUUUUUUCCUCUUAUCAAAUCAUAAGAUUCGUUGUUUUUUUGUUAUUCCGCGUUGUAAUCAUGCGUAAUCGAAAUCUCAUGACAGAAAAAAUCCGGGCAGUUACAAAAUUUGAGGAUUUGCUAAGAGGAAAAAAAUUGAAAACUAAAAAAAUCAUUUUCUUAUGAUCUAAUACAUAUAAAGUAAAACGGAUACUUGC